AUGACAUCUUAAUAUGAUUACUCUAAAAUUUAAUUUGAAUGUGUUGUACUUCGUAAGCAUUUCAUUCGGGACGUGAAGUAUUACUGCUAUGUUCUAGAUAAAUACCUUUUAAUGAGUACAAAACCUAAGGAUGAAAAACCGAAAUAUGUCUUAUUUUUGUAAUUGAGUCAACAAGUUGGAUGGAUCACAGAACAAAAAGAUAAUAAACUUAUAAUAAAAGCAUUGACUAUCAGAUACCAGAGCAAAUUCAAAGAUUUUACUGGUAAAACAGAAGACUUACACAUUAUAAGACAAUAAAUUAAGAAUAAAGUCACAUUUGUUAAGAUUUCUGACUUCUAUGAGGCUCAAUACAAUCUCGGCAAAGGGAGUUCUGCCAAAGUGAUCCAAAUAAAAGAAAUUGGAUCAGAGUCAACUUUAUUGGCCGCAAAAGCUAUUGAUAAACAUUAUCUUUAGAAAAGCUAAUUUGGCAUGAAAGCAUUUUUGAAUGAAGUUGAAAUUCUCAACCUACUUAAUAAAUAGUGCAUAAAUGCCCCUUUCAUAAAAUUGUAUGAAACUUUUGAAGGCGACUACACCUACUAUUUAAUAUUAGAUUUAAUGCAAGGAAGAACCUUAGCAGAGGAAAUGGAAUUAUGGAAAGAAUUAUUUCCGAUAAAGUCAGUAAGAAUCAUAAUGUAAUAACUGCUGGAAGGCGUGAGAAUCCUACAUGAGAAUAAUAUCAUCCAUAGAGAUUUAAAACCAGAUAACAUCAUGUUCCGUGAAUAAGAUCAAUAUGAUACUCUUAUUAUAGUUGAUUUUGGAUUGUCCACCUUUACUGAAGUUUCAAAAUACCAAUUCCCAAAAUGUGGAACUCCUGGAUAUGUAGCUCCUGAGGUUCUCAAUUUGAUUGAUAGAGAUUAAAAAUACGAUAAAGUUUGUGACGUUUUUAGUUGUGGGUGUAUCUUCUACAAAUUACUAUUUGGACAUAGUUUAUUUUAUGGCAAUUCAUUCAAUGAAGUGUUGGCUUAGAAUAAAAAAUGCAAUUUCAUUUUAGAUGGACGUGACAUGGAUAUGAUUCCUUUAGAUGCAUAACAAUUAUUAAAAAGAAUGCUUGCAAAAAACCCUUUAGAAAGAAUCACAGCCAAACAAGCUUUGGAAUCUGAUUUUUUUAUUUGUCCAGUAACUUAAUCUCAAUAAAACAUAUCGAAAAUGCUUAAAACUAAUAAUUCAAGUAACAUUUUCUAACCAACUACCGAAGGGCAACUAUCUGAAGCAGAUUCUCCUUUCUAGAGAGUUUAAAAUACGAAUAAUGAAUAAAUCGAUUUUGAUUCCGACAUAUCGGAGAAUAAAUCAUCAUCUAUUUAAAUUAGAUAAUUGCCAUCAGUUAAAAAGCCUUCAUUUUCAAAAAUGGAAGAAACAAAUUUAGACAGUUUUUACACAAAAGAUCCUCUUAGUAGCUUUAAAAAAAUAAAUGCUAUAUCUCUUAAAAGCUUGAAUGAGUCUUAAGACAACAAAAUUUAUUAAUCAGAAAUUGAUUAAAUGUAAAGAAUCUCGUUAUUUAAUAGAUAUAAAGAUAAUUGA